AUGGACUCUACACUAAGAACCGAACUUCAUAGCACCACUCACUCAUAUCAAUUCAGUACCAUGGCUACCUCAAACCCAAAUCAAGCCUCACCCAACAAACCCUCUUUCCUAAUUCCUUUUCUUGCCUUUGUGACAAUGUUGUUCAUGUUCCCCAACACGGUGAAGUCAGCCCAGUCAGUGUCUUUCACCUUUACCAAGUUUGAUUCUGACCAAAAGGAUCUUAUCUUCCAAGGUCAUGCCAUUUCUAGCAGCAAUGUCAUACAACUCACCAAGUUAGACAGUAAUGGAAACCCUGUGAGUACCAGUGUGGGAAGAGUGUUAUACUCUGCACCAGUGCGCCUCUGGGAAAGCAAUACGGUAGUGUCAACCUUUGAUACCACUUUCACCUUUAAAAUCUCAACACCUUACACUACUCCAGCUGAUGGCUUCACCUUCUUCCUUGCACCAAAUGACACUGCCAUCCCUCCAUAUUCUGCUGGCAAACUCCUUGGACUCUUUUCUAACUUAAAUGCUUUAAGAAACUCCACCACCAGUAACCAAACCACUGUUGAUUUCAAAGCUGUAUCUAACAACGUUGUUGCCGUUGAAUUUGACACCUACCCUAAUGACAAUAUUGGUGAUCCAAGAUACAAACACAUUGGAAUCGAUGUCAACUCUAUCAGGUCCAAGGCAACUGUUGCGUGGGACUGGCAAAAUGGGAAAGCAGCCACUGCACACAUCAGCUAUAACUCUGCCUCUAAAAGACUAUCUGUUACUACUUUUUAUCCUGGGAGUAAAGCUGUGACUCUCUCCCAUGACGUUGAGCUCACUACAGUGCUUCCUCAAUGGAUUAGAGUAGGGUUCUCUGCGUCAACAGGAGCAGAGAGACAAAGAAAUACCCUUCUGUCAUGGUCUUUCUCUUCAAGCUUGAAGAACAAUGUGAUGGAGGAGGAGAAAGAAGACAUGAAUAUUGCAAGCGUUGUGUGA